AUGAAUUGGACUAGUAGUAAAAGAGGUCGACUAAAAAUUAAAGUUGAACAACAAAAACAAAGAGAAUUCUUCAAUCGUCAACGUCUCAAGAAAAUACGUACACUCUUGAAACCUAACUCCAAGUAUUCAAAAACAUUACCAAAUAUUAAUGUAGUUAGAAAAAAUUGCAUUAAAAAAUUAUCUAGUAGGGAUAGUAAUAUUUCAACUGAUCAUGAAAGCGAUAAAAAAUCAUUAUCGGUUUCACUUUCUUUGAAACAUUCUAAACUUCGAAAGUCAUCUAUGGAGGACUAUACAAUUAAAAGUUAUCAUGAUUCUGAAAUUAAUGAAAUGAAUUACAGUAAAGAUAAGAAUAUUGAAGAUUCUUGGAAUAUGAUUUCUGACAUUGAAAAACGUAAACAAAAUCUUUUACGGGACAAUAAUUGGGCGGGAAUUAAUUAUUUAUCUUUAUCUAAAAAUUUCAUUAAUCCCGAUAAAUUAAAUAAAGAGAAACCAAGAAAUUCUAAAAGUAUUAGAAAAUAUUCAAUACAAUCAAAUGUUUCUUCUAGUAGUAGAAAUUCAGAACGACAAGGAAGUGUUGAUAAUACAAUGGAUAAUGAUAAUGAACAAUUCACUAUAAUAAAUUCAAUGUCACCUUUGGGAGGACUUACUACAUUGGCCCCAUCUGUUAGCGCAGAAACAUUGAAAUGGAAUGAAUUCUUAAAUCAUUCCAAUUUAUCUGCUGAAUCCAUAAACGAUUUCGAUUUCGUCCAAACAAAUCAAAAAACAUCUCAUUUAAAUCCUUUAGAUCAAAAUGAUGUCAAUGAUGUCAACAUCAUUCAAGAAACAAAUCAAUCGACCCCUUCUUUAAUUUCAAAAACCAUUACAACUUCUGGAUUUCACUCUAUUGAUUCUAUUGAGCCUAAAUCUAUUAUUAAGACAAGUACUGAAUGGGAAAAAAAAUUAUUACUUGAUGAUGAAAGCGUUGAUAGCGUUCAGCCGUCUUUUAAUUCAGAUUAUUAUGAGACAACAAAAUAUAAUUCUCAACAGAAUAAAAUUAACAAAAAAAUUCCUGAAAACCAAUUAAAAGAUGAUGAAUUAGAAUUGUCUUCACAAACUAAUGUUGGUAUGCAAAAUGAUAGUUCAGUAAAUACACAGGGAGCGACAGUUUAUGCAGAGGACGAAUUAAGAUUAUCAAUUGAUAGCGAUUAUGAAGUUAUCGACAAGAAUGCUUUGAAUCGCAUUCAUAACCUUGAAAUUAAAAAUGCUAAUCUUCAAUUAGAAAUUAGUUUAUUAAAGCAAGAUGUGAAAUGGUUAAUGGAAACUGUAAAUAAUUGUGAUGAGUUUACAAAGAAAAUAAAACAAUUCAACCUUCAAGAAUUACUAAAAAAGUUAGAAAUAACUGAUAUUAAAUCCUUUAACGUGAACGAACCUUAUGAGAGAAACGAAGAAAGGGAUGGUAUUAGAUGUAGCUCUAUGCAGCUUGAAGAUUUAAAUAAUAAAAAACAAAACAAUGUCGAAUUAAUAUCAAAAAUUGAAAAAAUUCAUCUUUUAACAUCAUCAACAUCACCACUUUACGAAGAUCAUCAUUCAGUAGAAAGUGAAAUGGAAUUUACAGAAUCACCAACAUUAAGAUACCAAACGAAAAAGCAUAAUAAUUGGAUGCAUUCGUCAUCUGGUAUUAUUGAUGAUAACACUUCACCUUGCACCAUGAAUAAAGAUACGCCUUUGAUGUCUAAUAACGAAGAAUAUGAUGGAUUGGAUGAAAAUAAUGAUGAUCCACAAAAAUAUCUUGAGUUUGAUUAUGAAGAAAUAAAAGAAUAA